AUGACGAAAAUUGUUCCAAGUUACAUGCUAGCUAUUGGCAGGGCUGGUAUGACUUGGGUUGUCCUUUCACUCUGCUGGAUGAUAGUGGUACAGGUUGGUGCCCAUGGGGGUGUCAAUGGAGCCAAAUUUGACAUCCUUGAAGGUUUAACUACGAAGAAGAAGGUUAUGUUCACCGUUGGGACCAGAUGGAGGCAAUUUAAGUCCUCCCUAACGACCAGAUAUGUAUAUGCUGAGAAUGACGAUGAACAAAACAAGGAUCCAUCUGCUAAGUAUGGUAUUGAUCGAAAUACAUGGGAAGAAUUUGCAAAGACUCGACAGACCCCUACUUGGAAGGGAAUACGCAAAAAAGCACAGGAAAUUCAAAAAUUCAAUGAAUCUCCCCACGUACUCUCUCGUGGAGGCUACGAUGUGCUUGAAAAAAAAUUAAUGGCCGAGAAAACAAAGUCAGGACUGAAUGAAGGUGACAAUAGUCAAAAUGCAGAUAUGGUCGUCGACCCUCCAUCCCCUAUUGCGAGACAUUAGAAGUGGAAAAAGGCUAGG